AUGGACAUAUUUUUACUUUUACAUAUGUAUCAUAAUUUUUUUUUUUUUUAUUUUAUUUUUUUUUUUUUUUUAAUACCUUGUAGUUUUAUAAAAAAAUCAAAAGACGAGUUGAAGAAUGAAAUGAAUGAUGAAAUUGCUCAAUAUGAUAAGCAUUAUCCUUAUUUAGAAGAGAUAAGAAAAAAACUUGUUGAUAAAUUAGCAAAUCUAAAAGAGCAAUAUGUACAAGCUUAUGAUAGUAUAGAAAAGGAAGCAAAUAACAAUUCUUAA